UCGAAGAGUGACAUUGUAGACCAACUGACGAAGACAGCACACAAUCACACCCCACAAAUCUGAAGAAACUUCUCUCCUUGCACUGAAAAGUCUCAUCAAUUUUGAAGGAAUUUCACUUUUUCAUCAGGUUUUUGGGUAAAGAAGAGGUGAUCCAAAUGGAUUUUCCAGAGCUAUGGGCAAUAUUUGGACCUGGGGUGUCCGGCGCUGUCUUCGGUGCCGGUUGGUGGUUCUGGGUUGAUGCCGUCGUUUGUAGCUCCGUCAAAGUCUCUUUCCUUCAUUAUCUCCCAGGUAUAUUCGCGUCUUUGGCUGCUUUGAUGUUUAAUUGCGUAAGGAAAGAGGACAUUGACUACUCUCCUUAUGAUGAAGGCGAGUGGAGGUUGAAGCUGUGGCUUUUUAUUGCAUAUGUCGUAUCCUUUGUGUCUUUGGCAGCAUCAGUUGGGCUAUUGAUACAAGACGCACUCGGAAAAUCUGGUCCUUCAGCUUGGACAGGAGUUGCAGGUGUUCUGCAAUGUGUGUUUGUUUUAAUCAGUGGGCUGAUCUAUUGGACAUCACAUUCAGAAUCUUGAAGAUAUACCAUGGGAGAGGAACAUAAGUCAUUUGAUGGAAUCAUCCCAUACUCAAUCCAUCCCCUCGAGUAAGAGAUACAAUUGAUGCUUGUAUAAAUGUGUGUUGGUUGUACAGUGAUGCUAAGCACCAAGUGUUAAACGCUCGUAUCUUCUUUCUACAUAUUGUUAUAAUGACUAAUUUGAAAUUUCAGUGGAAAGCUUCAGGAAGUAUAUGUCUUUGUGGUUACUGAACUGAUGAUGAAAUGUUUUGUUUCGAAAGACACUUUUGAUUAUAGCUUUUACGUUAAGCCCUA